UCUACAUUAGCGCAAACAACUUAGCUUCCGUAUUUUUUCCAUUUACUGUAUUUCAAAUAUAGAUUUGGUGUUUACUCUUGACACAAGCACUCCAAAUUCUUUUUGAAAACUGUUCGGUCAGUUUUUUUGUGAUUUGACCGAAAAGUUUCAAAUCGAAUUAACAUUAUUUCAUCUUCGAGAAAUAUUAUAACUAUAGCUGGCUCUUGCAAAAAUCGAAGUUCAGUUCAAAAUUAUUACAUCAAACUCAAAAAGAAAUUUUUUUUUAAUAUUAGGUUAUCGCUAAAAUACAAUUAUAGUUGAAUCAUAAUCAGAAUGCAUUCAUUUUCUGCUGCCCAUGUCCCUAUGGCUCACUUAGGUCACCACAACGAGAAUCAUGUCCAACUGAAACACACGAGUUAUUAUCAUAACAAAAGCAACUCGAUGCAGUAUUUGGGCACUACUGAUCCACCUACUCCAUAUAAACACAUGGGAUCACACGACAGCAUUCCGAGAAGCAUCAACGCAAACGCAGGUUGGAAGCUUCAACCCCAACCGUUCAGAAAUCAAGAGACUCUGCCAAACUAUCAUACAACGCAACCUCAGAAGAUGCAUACAAACUCACAAAUCAUGGAUAGAAAUUCGUAUGUGGAUCCACAUUUGAACAUUAAUCGAUCUAGACCGCCUAGUGCAACUCAUAGCGAAGACUUAAGGAUGACUCAUAAUUACAGAAUGGCGGCUGCUGGAAAAAUAGGACAUCACAGAACACAAACCCCCUUAUCAGAGCCAUCGGUCAGGAUCUAUCAUAGCGACGAAGACAGAAGAAACCGACAAAUUGCGAACGAUCUGCCCCACUUAACUGCAGCAGUUGCUGAAACCGAGGAUGAAAUAACCAAGGUCGAUGUGGGAAUCCAGACCGAUUUCAGUCGACUCGUUACACAUGAAGACAGUAACUCCAGAGAUUACAUAGUUGGUGUCUCAACAUCGCCAAAAGUGCAGACCACUGGAGCCCCGGAUCCAAGUAGAUUCAGUGGUGAGCACGAGGAGCCCCGGGUGCUAAUGGAGGAUAACUGGUCUGUUAGCGACUACAGCUCGCCUGGACCGGAAACUGCACCACGAAUUUUAACCAGUAACGACAAAAACCGCAGUCCGAGAGCGCUCCAAACUCCAAAACCAGACCUGACUCAGUCGCCAAUCCUCGGCCUUGAUCGACUCAUAACUCAUUUGCAAUCCAUGCCAAAAGUACCUGAAAUAACUACUUCAAAAGAAGUCGCCUUCAAAAACAACCAGAAAAUGUCACAGGCGCUAAAUUCCAUUCAAUAUGCAGACAAAUUCAGAACGAAUUCUUUGAGGUCAAAAUAUAAUUCAAAUUUUUCAAAUGAAACAGCGAAUACCAAUAGCGAUUAUCAAGGUCGUGACUUCUCUUCAGCAGAUUUUGUUCUGAGGAAUAAUGAAAAAGAAGGCACGAGCUUACAGGCUGUACCGACUAAUCAGGAAACGUAUCAAAAUUGGGAACCAAAUCGGAACAAACGACAGGAAACAAAGCUACAGAAUGGAAAAGUUAACGACAGUAACCAAUUUGCUCCAGAAACCCAACAGAACCAUUCUUCCUCGAGAAGCCAUGGUGGUGACGAGAGCGGAUACCUUCAGAGACUGAAUGAAGACGGAUCCCAAGAUAUCGAGAUCUUCAGGCCUGGCAAGGGGGAGUCGUUCGGAUUCUACGUCUUCCGGGAGCCCACUCCUGCGAUUCAAACAAACAGGGACAGAGGCGAUGGCUUCAGCGACAUCGAAAGAAGAAGAAGCGGUCUGUUUGUGUCCAGACUGAAAGACAACAGGUUCCAGGGACUCCUCAAUGUGGGCGAUGAAGUAGUAAGUGUGAAUGGACACUCUGUCAGAGACUUGACACUAGAUGAGGUGGAAGACAUGAUCAUGGCCAGUGCACACUCUGUCACUAUGACCACAAUUCCAUAUUUGGUGUCCAUACAAAACAACUCAUGA